CGGAAAUGAGAGCAGAUGGCACAGAGUCUGCGAUUGCACUUUGCAGCCAGAAGAAGCAAGACUUACCCUCUGCCAGAACCCUCCGGAGAUGACUUGGAUAGCCACGUUCCCACGCGAGGCAGGAGGCCGGCCCGGAUCUCAGUGGCCAGCGUGGUUCAAAUGAGGCUGACCCCCAGACAGACACCACUGGCUCCAUGGGUAGAGCAGAGGGCCUCUGAAAGCAGUGACAAAAAGAGCAGCUGCCUUCAGAUCUCGCUGCAGCCCAGGUCCAGUGGGUGUCUUCCAUCGCACACUGUCGUGUCUGACGGGGACGAUCCUUCCCUUACCGGUGGUUUGAAGGAGAAGGAGAACGUUUGCAGCAGCACCGGGGUUGACAGUGAACUGCCCAGUGCCAGUGAUGGCAGCCUCUUUGGUACUUCUGCCGCGUGCAAUGGCAGCCUAGGUAACUCCUCAGCCAGUGACAACGGGUCUUACAGCAGCAAUGGCAGUGACUAUGGGUCGUGUGCAAGCACCGCAAGUGGAGGUUCCUACACCAGCAGUGUUGUCAGUGACAGCAGUGGUUAUGAGACCAUUUUGGGUGGAAAUUUACCUUCGGACAACGCCUCCAACAGAAGUGUGCCAAUCAACACUACUCCUAAUGAAGUUACGUACAGAAGUCCCAGCGGGCUUUCCUCUGCCCAGGACGACCCGGAUCGUGGAGCAGAGGUUACGAAGCUGCCUGUGAGCAGGAACGCAAAGGUUCCACUGAAGCGCUGCACAUCUUUGGUCAUUUUCCCCAGAAGUCCUUCGAACACUCCACCAGCCUCUCCGACAAGCAGAGGUGCCUACCAGACCUCACACCAAUCAAUUAUAUCUCCCACUGAAGCUACGCAGCAGGAAGAUGCUGCCGGCAUCACCAAAGGCUUCCUGUCAACAGCUGUCAACGGGCUCCGGUUAUCUAAAACGGUUUGCACUCCUGGAGAAGUCAGAGAUGUACGGCCCCUCCACACCAAGGGCUUGUUGCAGAAGAAAAUUGUCAUUUCAAGUAACAGACCCAAACAGACUGUGUGUGAGAAGCUGCCUGAAGGAUUUUCCUGUGUGUCGGUGCACUUGACCCAACAAAAACCAACCACGUCAGAUUGUGAAAACACACGUGGUGGUUGCACAUCAGAGAGGUCAGAACUUCAGUUCCAGUCUGAUCCGGACCAUGGCAUGCUCAUGCAGAGGGCAUCCCCUUGCUUAACAACUACACCAGACACGGAUUACCUUAUAAACAUCCGUGGAGAGUUGGAAAGACCAAAGUCACAGAUAAGCAAAAGCCAUACUGCUUUGCAAAGAAGUGUUUCACUGGGUGGGACAUACCCAAAUAUUUCCUGUUUAUCCAGCCUGAAGCACAGUUGUUUGAAGGGGGGACCAUCUCAGUUGCUCAUAAAGUUUGCAUCUGGGAAUAACGGUAAAGUUGAUAGUUUGUGGAGAGAGAGAGACUUGGCAAAUGAGCUGUCCGGUGUCUGUAAGACACGAGAUGAUUUCCUAGGUCAAGUGGAUGUCCCUCUCUAUCCUUUACCGACUGAAAACCCAAGACUGGAGAGACCAUAUCCAUUCAAGGAUUUCGUUCUCCAUCCAAGAAGUCACAAGUCAAGAGUUAAAGGUUAUCUGAGAUUAAAAAUGACUUAUUUACCUAAAACCAACGGCUCGGAAGAGGAGAAUGGAGAUCAGGUUGAGGAAUUAGAGCCUGGCUGGGUUGUUUUGGACCAACCAGACGCUGCUAGCCACUUGCAGCAUCCACCAGAGCCUUCUCCUCUCCCUCCGGGGUGGGAGGAGAGGCAGGAUGUCCUUGGAAGGACCUACUACGUAAACCAUGAAUCUAGAAGGACACAGUGGAAAAGACCAAGCCCUGAGGAUGACCUCACCGAUGCUGAGAACGGAAAUAUUCAGCUCCAGGCACAGCGAGCGUUUACCACCAGGCGCCAGAUAACGGAGGAGGUGGACAGUGCUGACAACCGGGAGUCCCCUGAGAAUUGGGAAAUUAUACGAGAAGAGGAAAACGCAGUGUAUAGUGGUCAGUCACCUCCGUCGAGCCACGUAGAUUCACAGGCUCACCUUGCAGAAGAGUUAGAUACCAGACUCGCUGUGUAUGGAAAUCCCGCCACCAGCCAGCCAGGCACCGGCUCAAAUCAUUCCAGCAGAGGAGGCAGCUUGCAAGCCUGUAUCUUCGAGGAACAGCCUGCACUUCCUGUGCUUUUGCCUACAUCAUCUGGGUUGCCACCAGGCUGGGAAGAGAAACAGGAUGAAAGAGGACGAUCCUACUAUGUAGACCACAACUCUAAAACAACCACAUGGGCCAAGCCCACCGUGCAGGAAGAUCCAAGAUCGAAAACCCCCGCUCAAAUGAAAGCAAAGACACCCGUCGACUCGUCCAAUGACCUGGGGCCUUUACCUCCAGGAUGGGAGGAAAGAACUCACACAGACGGGAGAGUCUUCUACAUAAAUCACAACAUAAAAAAGACGCAGUGGGAAGAUCCUCGAAUGCAGAACGUGGCGACAGCUGGACCAGCAGUGCCCUACUCCAGGGAUUACAAGAGAAAGUACGAGUUCUUCCGAAGAAAGCUGAAGAAGCAGAAUGACAUUCCAAACAAAUUUGAAAUGAAACUUCGCCGCGCGAACAUCCUGGAGGAUUCGUACCGGAGAAUUAUGGGUGUGAAGAGAGCGGACUUCCUCAAGGCUCGCCUCUGGAUUGAGUUUGAUGGGGAAAAGGGGCUUGACUAUGGAGGUGUUGCCCGAGAGUGGUUCUUCCUCAUUUCAAAGGAAAUGUUCAAUCCUUAUUACGGGCUGUUUGAAUAUUCUGCUACGGAUAAUUACACCCUCCAGAUAAAUCCAAAUUCAGGCCUGUGUAACGAAGAUCACCUCUCGUACUUCAAGUUCAUUGGCCGCGUGGCUGGGAUGGCCGUUUAUCAUGGCAAGCUGUUGGAUGGGUUUUUCAUCCGCCCCUUCUACAAGAUGAUGCUCCAGAAGCUGAUCACGCUGCAUGACAUGGAGUCUGUGGAUAGUGAAUAUUACAGUUCUCUGCGCUGGAUUCUUGAAAAUGACCCGACAGAGCUGGACCUCAGAUUUAUUAUAGACGAGGAACUUUUUGGACAGACACAUCAACAUGAACUGAAAACUGGUGGGUCGGAGAUUGUUGUCACCAAUAAAAACAAAAAGGAGUAUAUUUACCUUGUGAUACAGUGGAGAUUUGUGAACCGAAUCCAGAAGCAAAUGGCUGCUUUUAAAGAGGGAUUUUUUGAACUGAUACCACAGGAUCUCAUCAAGAUAUUCGAUGAAAAUGAGCUAGAGCUCCUUAUGUGUGGUCUGGGAGAUGUGGACGUGAGCGACUGGAAGGAACAUACAAAGUACAAAAACGGCUACAGUGUAAACCACCAGGUCGUCCAGUGGUUCUGGAAGGCUGUUUUGAUGAUGGAUGCAGAAAAAAGAAUUCGCUUGCUUCAGUUUGUCACCGGCACAUCCCGUGUGCCUAUGAACGGAUUUGCUGAACUCUACGGCUCCAACGGACCACAGUCCUUCACAGUUGAACAGUGGGGCACCCCUGACAAGCUACCAAGAGCGCAUACCUGCUUCAAUCGCCUGGACCUGCCACCGUAUGAAUCGUUUGAGGAACUCUGGGAUAAACUUCAGAUGGCGAUUGAGAAUACUCAGGGCUUUGAUGGGGUUGAUUAGAUUAUAAGAAACAAGCCGUGGUGUCUUGAGCACCAUAGUCUCUAAGCAAAAGCAAAAUCGCAUCUUUACAUUUUCCGUAGAACUUCUAAAAGAUGGUCACUGGCUCUUCCCACAGAGACCAGACAGUUUAUCCAUGAUUUUAGCUACCACCAUACUGAUGUGUUCAUUUGUCCAGUUACUUUGUCCUGUUGUUAGGGUUCACGCAUGCCACAGGACAUUAGUCCUGUGCGCCUGCGUUCUGCCCAUAUCUCAUCUUGCUAGGCACAUCCUUCUGAAACUACUGAGAUUCCAACUGUGAAAUAUCUGUAAUGAGUAUCUGGUGGGAAAAAGUUGAUGCUUUUUUAAGAUGAAAUUUGGACAAAGAAAGUCUUUAGUAUUGAGUAAACUGCGACACACUUAGUGCCACUUGUCGCUACUUAUUCUGUAGACCUGCCUAGUAUACCUUAUUGCCUAGAUCUUUGAAACAGCUUUGGAAGAUGUGUCACAUAUGUUUUUAGUCACUUGAGUCACUUGCAAAAAAAAAAAGAAAAAGAAAAAAAAAGAAAAAAAAAUUUUUUUUUUUUACUCUUCACUUGGGAAGUAUUUCACGUUUGUUAGCAUGCAGCUUGAGUCUAUUCAGAAGACAAGCAGAGCAAGCUUGUAUUUGCAAUGUGUAGAAAGUGUUAGGCCUCCCUCUUUCCUGUGCAUCCUCAAGGCUCAGUCACAGGCUAGAGUCAUUAUGUGUUAGUGCGUUUAGAAUUCCUUCAGACAUGAAACAAGCUCCACAAAGCAGUGUUUCUAAGCAUGCCGUGAAGAACCGAGUUACAUGUAUGACUUGCCCUUACCAGCCACUCUUCACGCUUGCACAGUCACGUAGUACAUACGUGUUUACGGAGUUCAUUAUGUUUACAGAUUAAGCGAAUUUCUGUAGUUGCAUUUUUAUAUUUUUAGUAUCACAUUAGUAUAAAAAAAUUUGUUUAAAAUAACCAAAGAGUAGUUCAAUGCAUAAUUUGUAUGAAUUUGUUACCAGGUUUCUUAUGCUUUCUAAAAAAUACUGUUUACUAUGAAAAUUGCAUUUUAUUAAAAGUCAAAAA